GACGCCGCUGCUUUCGUUCGACCGACUCCAACGACGACAGUGGUAUCGCGUCAGCCGCACCGCACUGACCGCACAUGCGAUUACUACGACGUGACUCUCUCUCACUCACUCACUCUCGUUCUCUCUCGCUCGCUCGCUCACCGUCUCUCUGUCACUCGUUCUCUCUCCGUACCCGUAUCGCUGUUGUACACCGCGAUCGCUAUUUCGCGCGCGUCCGUUUCACCACCUCGUCUUUUUCUCUUCCUGUCACUCGCCGUAGCUGUCUUUCACGCGCCAGCGAGCACAGCGACUCCCCCUUUCUCCUGUGAUUUUUUCACGAAACGCCGUCGCUGGCUCGUCCGGCUAACGAUAAUAACAAUAACAACAAACGUUCCGACGUCUCAACGCGUACCACCGUCGUGAUGCGAUCGUAAGUCGCGUACCCGUUUUUCCCGUGAUUUUUUUUCCCUUCUCCCCCUACCACCGUUGCUGUUCUCGGCUUGUCCGUUUUUUUUCUACCGAUUCGCUAUCGCCCCCGCCGAUAUGCCGCUGUUCGGCAAGAAGGACGUGUCGAAAAAGUCGAAAAAGGACGCAGAAAAGUCUCAGUCCAUCGAAGACAAGUACGAAGUGAAAGACCUUCUGGGAACGGGCGCGUUUUCCGAGGUACGUUUGGCCGUGACCAAGGAACAACCAAAGGAAAUGUACGCCGUGAAAAUCAUUGACAAGAAAGCACUGAAGGGCAAAGAGGAUUCUCUUGAUAACGAGAUCAAAGUUCUGAGAAGGUUCAGUAAGUCGGUGAAAAGGAGUGACCAUUCGGGAACUGACGAUAAGAACGAGGGUAAAUGGCUCACUCAUCCGAAUAUCGUGCAAUUGCUGGAAACGUUUGAGGACAAGUCCAAAGUGUACCUCAUCAUGGAACUGGUAACCGGAGGCGAACUGUUCGACCGGAUCGUGCAGAAGGGCUCGUACACCGAAAAAGACGCCGCCCAUUUGAUCCGUCAGGUACUGGAAGCUGUGGAUUACAUGCAUGAGCAAGGCGUAGUACACAGGGAUCUCAAGCCAGAAAACUUGUUGUACUACAGUACGGACGAAGACAGUAAGAUUAUGAUAAGUGACUUUGGAUUGUCCAAAAUUGAGGAUUCCGGUGUAAUGGCUACUGCUUGUGGAACUCCAGGAUAUGUCGCUCCGGAGGUCUUGGCUCAAAAGCCUUAUGGAAAAGCCGUGGAUGUUUGGAGCAUCGGUGUGAUUUCGUAUAUAUUGCUGUGCGGUUAUCCGCCGUUUUACGACGAGAACGACGCGAAUCUCUUCGCUCAAAUCUUAAAAGGUGAAUUCGAAUUCGAUUCUCCGUACUGGGACGACAUUAGCGAUUCGGCGAAAAACUUUAUAAGGCAAUUGAUGUGUGUGGACGCGGAUAAACGUUACACGUGCCGAGAAGCAUUGGCUCAUCCAUGGAUUUCCGGCAACGCGGCCAGCAGCAAAAACAUUCACGGAACCGUUUCCGCACAGCUCAAAAAGAACUUCGCUAAAUCCAGAUGGAAGCAAGCAUACCAUGCGACAACGGUGGUACGCCAGAUGAAGAAAAUGGCCUUAAACAGCGGAGCAGCAGGAAUUAGCCAGGACGCCAGGAUGGAUAACCAGGAUUUCGAGGUCAACGGAAUGACAACCGAAUCCAACAGACUCUAAGAAUUUCUCGUUUUAACUCUUAUUACAUAAAUUAUUAUAAUUAUUACUCUUCUAAUUUUUAAAUAAUUAUAUUUUAUCAAACGUUUUUCCUUUCGCAAAUGAGAAUAAUUCUACACAUAUCUAUAGCAUAUGAAAAUAUUAAACUUUAUUAGGUAAUCAAAUAUGUUUACAAUUUUACGCAAUAUUAUGUAAUGUACUGGUGUAUUUUUAAUACAAAUUCGUACAUGUAUAUAUGGUGCGUGGAAAUUUAAAUCAUAUUUGAUACUGUAUGAGCUCGUUCGCAUAUAAUAUAAAUGCGUAAAAUUUAUUUUAAUCUCUUUGCAUAUACAAAAAAAAAAAAAUAAGAAGUAUUUAAAUAUUUUGCUCAUCACAACUUUAAAACGUUACGACGUUGUUAAACUUUGAAAAAAAAAUUAAAAAUAUACAUAAAAAUAUAAAAAAAAAAUUAUUAGAAUUAUUAUUAUAUAAACAUUUUUAAAGACAUUAAAUUAUACGUAUAGUUAAGGAUAAGACGUUAUAGUUAAUUAUUAUAACUCGAAAUGUACUUCCGCUUUCACUGAGUUAUAAAUGUUCGAUUCACAACGGCACGUACACGGAUGAUAUCUACGAUAUUGCACACAACUUCAAACUACUAUAAUCCCGUUCGUCUCACGUGCACAUAUGUACUCGUAAACCAUAGAUUUUUCUCAAUCCACACAAAUCUCGCGAACAUUGCCGUUUUUCUCUCUUUCGAAAAUAUAAUUGUGUCCCCGAUUAGAAAGUAUUAUUAUGUUAGAUUCGGUUCAUAACUGGUGAAUCGUCGAUUUUAGACUUGAACAUUCCAAAUAAAUUCGAUCAUUCCUAUGAAAAAAAUAGACCUAAUUAUUGGUUUUUUUUCAAUUAUUAUUAACGCAACGAUAGACCUCUCCGUAUACAUUUCUUGAAAUACAUUUCUGAUAAAAAUAUAACUCGUUGUUUAUAGGUAGAUUGGUUAGGUUGGUAGUCGAGAACUCGUAUGAACAUAAAUAACGGCGUUUUCGAUUUACUGUGAUAUGUUAAACGUUUAAUAAGUAACAAAUAAUGCUCACGAUGAGUACUAUGCAACAUCAUGUCGUAUAACAAUACCAAUAAAAAAAAAGCUGGAAGUACAUUUGAAUAAAGAUAUCCGACUUGUUUAUUGAUUUUCUUAAUUAGAUUCACUAUAAUUGUACAUGAGAAUAAAAAAAAUCUGCUUUUAUAACGAAUAUUAUAUAUAUAUAUAUAUAUAUAUAAAUUGUUUAAUUUUACUGUUCUUAUAUAAUAUAUGUUACAUAUAUAACUUUGUUGUUAAAUCUUUAAAUAAUUAUAACGAGAAAGAGAAAACUCGUUAGCGCUUUUAUUGUAACAUUUAUAAUUAUAUUAAUAAUAAUGUAUUUUUGUUCGUCAGACGAUUGUAUCAAGCAAUGUAUUGAAAUAAAAUGAGAAACUUAGGAUUUAUUUCACACAAAAAAAAAAAAAAAACCAUCGUAUACAAAAAACCAAAUCGUCUUCGCCCAACCUACUAUCGAUA